AUGUCCCUACCUCAGCACCCUGUCAACAAGAACACAACGGGCCUCCUUCACCAGUGGCACUCGCAAAUUCUCGCCACAGAAUGGCAGAUCAGCCCAGUAGAUUCCUUCCUGCAUGGCGGCUCGGCUGACUAUGUCGACGAGAUGUACGCCGCCUGGAGAGCCGACCCCUCGAGCGUUCACGUUUCGUGGCACUCAUACUUUCGCAAGAUGGAAGACCCCUCGAUACACUCGUCGCGCGCAUUCCAGCCACCGCCCGGUCUGCUGCCGGAACGACACACCCCAGCCCUGACGCCCGCUUCCGGUAUCCAGUCAAGCAGCUCAACGAACUACCUCAAAGCUCAGAAUAUCGUCCGAGCAUUCGAACAACACGGCCACACGGCCGCCAAGAUCAACCCUCUGGGUGACGUCGGCAACACAAUAGUACAGCCGCACGCCGAUAUCCCCAGCGCGUCAAACCUGCACAAGUACGGCUUCUCCGCCGCAGACCUGGACCGCGAGAUUCCCUUAGGCCCAGACCUCCUCCCUCAGCUCGCUGAAAGCCGAGGGAGCAUGAAACUCCGCGACAUCAUCGCCGCCUACGAGGACAUCUACUGUGGCUCAUUCGGCGUCGAGUACCACCACAUCUCCGACGCGGCGAAGCGAGACUGGAUCCGCCAGCGGGUUGAGGCGUACCCCCAACUCGCCCCCUCGGUCGAGGAGAAGAGGCACAUCCUCGACACGCUUAUCUGGGCGACGACCCUCGAGCGUUUCCUGGCGGCCAAGUUCCCCAACGAGAAGCGCUUCGGCCUCGACGGCGCAGAGGGUCUCGCCGCCGGCCUAGCCGCCCUCAUCGACCGCUCCGCCGAGGCCCACGGCGUGCGGGAUAUCGUCGUCGGGAGCUGCCACCGCGGCCGGAUGAACCUCAUGAGCACCGUCUACGGUAAAGACUUUGAGACGCUGUUCCGCCAGUUCGCCGGCACCGAGACGUUUGAUGCCGCGGCCGGGCAGACGGGCGAUGUCAAGUACCACUUCGGCAUGGACGGACACAGGACCACGGCCGUCGAGGGCAAAAAGGUCGGCAUCUCCAUGCUCCCCAACCCAUCUCACCUCGAGGCUGUCGACCCCGUGGCCCAGGGCAAGGCCAAGGCCGUCCAGCACGCCAGAACCGACGACGUUGACGACCAGUCCGGCGUCAUGUUCCUCGCCCUCCACGGCGACGCCGCCUUCGCCGGUCAGGGCCCCGUGUACGAGACCCUCAACCUCUCGGGCCUCGCCGGAUACAACGUCGGUGGCGCCGUCCGACUCGUCGUCAACAACCAGAUCGGCUUCACGACGGACGCCGUCGACUCCCGCUCGACGCCUUAUUGCACCGACCUGGCCAAGUACGUAGAGGCGCCCGUCGUCCACGUCAACGCCGACGACCCGGAGGCCGUGGCCUUCGUCGCCCGGCUCGCCGCCGAUUGGCGCGCUGCGUUCCGCUGCGACAUCGUCGUUGACGUCGUCUGCUACCGCCGCUUCGGCCACAACGAGAUCGACCAGGCGAGCUUCACGCAGCCCGAGAUGUACCGGAGGAUCGCCGACCAGAAACCCCUGCUCGAGCUCUACGCCGAGAAGCUCGUCCGCGAGGGGGCCGUGUCCGCCGACGCCAUCGAGGAGCAGAAGGCUUGGGUGUGGGAGCAGCUCGAAGAGAAGCUGGCGAGGAGCAAGCAGCCUGCAGAAGAGACUUCUUCUCUUGAAGCCACCGAAGAACCAUCACAAACACCCGCCGCUGCUGCUCCGACUUCCACGGCCGUCGACGAGUCUACCAUAUCUUCCGUGGCACAAGCAAUCACUAGCGUCCCGGAUGGAUUCAACCUGCACCGUAACCUCCAACGGAUCCUCGCCGCUAAGCAGCAGGCCAUCGACACCGGAGUCAUCGACUGGGCCACCGCAGAAGCCCUCGCCUUCGGUUCGCUGCUGCUGGAAGGCAAACCCGUCCGCAUCAGCGGCCAGGACGUCGAGCGCGGUACCUUUUCCCACCGCCACUCGGUCCUCCACGACCAGGUCACCCACUCCGAGCACACGCCCCUAAACAACCUGAACCCACAGUCGAGACCGGAACAGCCCCGGCAGGCGGCGUACACGGCCGUCAACUCCCCCCUCAGCGAGUUCGGCGUGCUAGGGUUCGAGUACGGCUACUCCCUCGCGGCGCUGGACGCCCUCGUCGUCUGGGAGGCGCAGUUCGGCGACUUCGUCAACAACGCGCAAGUCGUCGUCGACCAGUUCAUCGCCUCGGGUGAGGCCAAGUGGCUGCUGCGGUCCGGCCUCGUCGUCUCGCUGCCGCACGGGUACGACGGCCAGGGGCCGGAGCACUCCUCCGCGAGGCUGGGCCGGUUCCUGGAGCUGGGGAGCGAGGAUCCGAGGAGCUGGCCUGUUGACUUGGAGGCGGCGCAGAGGGGUUGUAAUAUUCGGGUCGUUUGUAUGACGACGCCGGCGAACCUCUUUCACGCACUGAGGAGACAGGUUCAAUCGCCCGGGAAGAAGCCCCUCAUUGUCUUCUUCUCCAAGUCUCUCCUCCGCCACCCCCUCGCCCGCUCAUCCGUCCAAGAGCUGAUGGGCACCUCCACUUUCCAACCCGUCCUCGCGGACCCGGAGCACGAAGGCGGCUCCCUCCUCCCCAGAGACGAGAUCAAGCGCGUGAUCCUCUGCAGCGGACAGGUCUACGCCGCGCUGCACAAGCACCGCGAGGCCAGGAAAAUCUGGGACGUCGCCAUCACACGGGUUGAGGAGCUGCACCCGUUCCCCUGGGCCGCCGUCCGCAAGAACCUGGAGUCGUACCCGGCUGCCGAGACGGUCGUGUGGGCGCAGGAGGAGCCGCACAACGGCGGCGCCUGGCAGUACAUGCGCGAUCGGCUUGAGACCGUGACGGGAGAGUCGGAUGUGUUGAGGGGCCGGAGGAUAUUGUACGCCGGCCGAGGGACGGGGGCGGCGGCGGCGACGGGGUCGAAGAAGGUUCACCAGCGGGAGGAGGAGAGGUUGCUCGAGGACGCGUUUGGCGUUUGA